AUGGAUUCACCGUCUACCUCAGUACAGGCUCUGAGAUCCCAAAUUGCUCGUUUGAAAGGCGUAAUCGACCAACACAAGCUUCAAGAACCGCGCAAGCACCCACCAGGACACCAGUAUACUCGCGCUAGGAACAACGUUUAUGUCAACCCAAACUACCAACCGCCGAAACGAUCUUCUAAAUUCGUUGCUUCCCGUGCUCCCCAUCGCAGUUACAAGCCCAAGCCCAUCCGCCCCAAGCGUACCAUUAACCGUCGUACGUUAAGCAAGCGAAAGUACUUCAAUAAGCCAUGUCCCCGUUUCUCCACCACCGGAGCUUGCAAUCGCGGCCUUACUUGCAUGUAUCAACAUGAUCCGUCGAAGAUCGCCAUCUGCUGGAACUUCCUGCAUGGCAAUUGUUCGAACACUGCUGAGAGCUGUGGCCUAUCGCACGAUCCCACUCCCGAGCGCACGCCUCCUUGCUUGCACUUUGCUAACAAUGGACGGUGCACUAGGGAAGAUUGCCCCUUUCCCCACGUACGUCUAGGACAGCGGCAGGGGGUUUGUCGCGAUUUUGCUGUGUUUGGAUACUGCGGCAAAGGAUUGGAUUGCGAGCGGCAGCAUAUUCGUGAAUGUCCUGACUUCGCAGAGAAGGGGAAGUGUACCCUCAAGGGAUGCAAGCUCCCACAUGUCAUUCGUGCAAAUCGCAAUCGAAAGGCCGACGCUGGUAUGGCUGCCAUAGGAAUCCCUGCCCAUCCUUCCAGCCCGGUCCAUGCAACGAACAUCGACAAUGUUAACACGGAACAUCCACCCGGAGCCGUCGAGUCGACUCAGCUCGGAGAUGAGUAUAUAUCUCUGACGUUUCAUGAGAGUGAAAGUGACAGUGAAAGCGAAGAUGAGCAAGACAGCGAAGACAGCGGCCGCAAAUACCACGCGUCGCCUUUACGAAAAGAUCCUUCUGCAGUGCAUAUUCCUGUUGCGAUAACAGGCGGUGCCACAGCCCUUUCACCUAUCAAGUGCCCACGAAUGAACUCCUCUUUUACCUUUCCCCUGGCUGGUAUAUCCGACCUCAGUGACUCCCCUCGUGUCUCUUGUGACAUGCCCCAUCACGCUGACGAGAGUUCUCUCUGGCCUGAAGACUUGUCUACUCUAUCGCAGCCAUCAAACCUCAGUGGCGAAGCCAACUCACAGCUCUCCCAUUCGGAAUUUGUCUUCCCAGAUGAGACUUCUGGUCAAAGCAUCCGUGGAAAUGCCCUUUUCCCCGCAGAUUCAAUGCCUCAUCUCCUCUACUCUUCCAAUCUGAACCAGCAGUCGCUUCUUCUGAGUCCUGCUGAAACAUCCACGCAAUACGCUGAUAUGACAUUCCAAUCAUCACCCUUAUACAGUGUAUCCCCACCCAUCAUCUACAGCGAUACCCCUCGCAAUACUCCUGCGAUUUAUGUUGAGACUUCUGGAUUAAACCCACUACUAUCUACGACCCCUGACUCUUUGCGCACACCGUAUGACCAGUAUCCCUUUCCAUACAACCGCCGUCCCAGCCUUCCUACCCCAUCCAGUUCAACCUCUCGCUUGCCUAUCACACCUGGAGCGUCCCCCAUGAGCACCAUUGGUAGCCCGUUUGUGUCCUCUUCUCCACACUCUCCCGUAUCGCCUAGUAUGAGAGGUCCGAUCGAUCAGCAGGGGCGCGAUCCGCAUGCAAAAGCUAGCAUGCGCACUGUUCAGGAACUUGCAGUAGCCUGCUCCAGUCCUUAUGAUGGCUUGCUCGUCCCUCAGAGGACGUACCGCCCUCAUACACAGAGCGACCGUAGGCGUUAUGUAGAAGAGGUUGAGUUAGAACCACCCAUCAUGUUCCUCGUCCAAAACCCGGAGGGUUGCGGGAUCCCACUGCGAGAUGCUCUUAACAGCAAAUUCAUGCGGCUCGUGGAUAGAGACGAUCUGAUGUUUAGACAACGCGGGCCGUCCGUCUCCAUUAGGUUGAUGUGGCCCGGAUAUACGCAAUGGAGCAGGCAGAUUCCGACGCGCGAUUUUCGUAGCCCUCCGGGUCCUAUCACCCGCUCGAAGCUAGCAAAGAACGUUGCCAAAACUAUCGAGAGGUUCAUUCAGGAGAUGCAGUCGCAACAAAUGGAGGAAGAUGCUGACCCUCGCUGGCGCGUCGGCGCGAGACAUAUUACAAUCGACCAUCUCUCUCUUGUCGGCCUCCAGCACGUCUCCAUGGGCAGCUGGCAAUGCCACGUACGUCUCAAUCGGACUCAUUAG